AUGAAUAAUUCGUGUCGUAGAGAUGAACAAUUUAUCUUAAAUGUUCAAUGGUAUUUAGGUGGAUGGGCUUGUUUAAUGGUAUGUUUGAUUGGUGUUGUGGGAAAUAGUAUAUCAAUUGUUGUAUUAUCAAAUAAACGAAUGAGAAAUUUAUCAACAAAUAUUUAUUUAUUAUCAUUAUCUGUAAUCAAUUUAAUCUGGUUAUUAUUAUAUAUAUUUGUUAAUGCAUUACGUUUUACAAUUAUUAUACCACUUUUUCUAAAAAAUACCGAUGAAGGUAGUAAUAAUAUUCAUACAUACGAUCAACUUAUAGCCAGAUCAUCACCAUUUGUCAUACCCAUUAUGAAUACUCUUCAACUUUGUUCGAUAUAUUACACAGUGGCUGUGUCUAUCGAUCGUUUUUUAUAUUUAACAUAUGGCAUUCAAGCUGACAAUAUUUGUACAAUAAAAAAUUCAUUAAAAAUUAUAUUUAGUUUAACUAUUUUUUCAAUUUUAUUUAUUAUUCCAAAUUGGUUGAAAUAUCGAGUUGUACAUGUUCCACAUAACAAUAAAACACAAUAUUGGCUAAAAUUGACACCCAUUGGUGAAAAUCAAAUAUUUAAAAAAAUUGUUCACGUUUAUACGUAUAUUCCUGUUGUUUAUAUGAUACCAUUUAUUAUUUUAAUUGUUAUUAAUUUUCUUACAAUUAAAUUAUUAUAUGAUUUUCAUUAUAAACGUCAAAUAUUUUUAAAAACUCGACCAGCCAAACAUGAUAUUCGUAUAACAUUGAUGCUUAUUGGUGUUGUACUAUUAUUUUUUAUCUGUCGUUUUCCUAGUUUAAUUAAUCAUUUUUUUGAAGUACAUUAUUCAAUUACCGAAGAUGCAAAUGAAAUGACAAAUGUAUUAACAGGAUGUCGUACAAUACGAAAAGUAUUUAAUACUGUUGUAAAUUUUUUACAAACUGUAAAUGCAUCAGCUAAUCUAAUAUUUUAUUAUGUAUUUGGUAAAACAUUUCGUGAAACAUCAACAAAAUUAGCUUGUCCAAUGCGUAUAAAUGUAACAAAACGUGAAAAUACUACACAUCAUAUAAGACGACAUUUUAGUGCAUCGAUUGUUAAUAAUAACAUCGACAAUAAUAAUUAUAUUCCUGGAAACAAUAAUGAUGACAACGACAGAUAUUUUAAUUCAAAUAAAAAAUAUCAACAUACUGUUAGUAACAAACAAGAUGAACAAACUAUUUUGGUUUCGUCAGGAAAAAAUAAAACAAGGCGUUUAACGAUAGACAAUGCCUUAUUAGGCUCUAAAGAUGUAUCUGCUUCACAUUCCGUUUGA